GUUUUAUGAAUGACAGCUCAGUUAUUUAUUACAUUCAUUAAAAACACUCUAAUUAACAUGGAAGUAGUUGAGAUAGAGAUGAUUGAUUGAAUAUAAACCAUUUUUUUAAUCGCGUCAUAUUAAGAUUAUUUAAAAUACCGUAAUGGCUGAAAAAACUGGUGUUAGUACCAAUAAUCUUGUCGAAGCAGGUCACUAUGGCAAGUCUAAGAAGUUGCCCCAGUACAUUGCUGCUCUCUCAGUAUGUAUGGGCUCAGUGGCGGCCGGCACCGUUCUUGGCUGGACUGGCAACAUUACCAAAGAAGACCUCGCAAAAGGCGAACUCAACGACAUCCUGGUGGACCCCGACAACGAAUACGGUUGGAUUGGCUCCUUUAGCACCCUCGGCGCCCUCUGCAUGUGCUUCCCCAUCGGUUUUAUCUGCGACCUCAUCGGUCGUAAACUCGCCAUGCUGCUCACCAUCAUUCCCUUCAGUAUCGGCUGGCUCUUGAUCAUUUUCGCCGACUCUACGGCGAUGAUUUUCGCUGGGAGAUUCCUCACAGGCCUCGCCGGAGGCGCAUUCUGCGUCUCCGCCCCCAUGUACUCCAGCGAAAUAGCCGAUAAAGACAUCAGGGGGGCUCUAGGGAGCUAUUUCCAACUACUCUUAACUGUCGGAAUCCUUUUCGCCUACCUCUUGGGAGCGUUUGUAAAACCCCAAAUUGUGUCGAUUAUCUGCGCUUGCGUUCCGUUGGUCUUCGGAGUGGUGUUUUUCCUCCAGCCGGAAACUCCGGUCUACAGUUUGAAGAAAGGAAACGAAGAAGCGGCUAUUAAAGCUUUGAGGAAACUCAGAGGAGAUGAAUAUAACGUUGAAGCCGAAGUUGCGGAUAUCAAAGCUACCAUUGAAAAAGCUGAAAGAGAAAAAAUUCCUCUUCUUCAAUCUUUGGAAACAAGAGCGGCGAAAAUAUCGCUUCUCAUUUGCUUCGGUUUGAUGUUUUUCCAGCAGUUGGGAGGCAUCAACGCUGUUAUUUUUUACGUAGGGACCAUUUUCGAAGAAGCUGAUUCAGGUUUGUCUGCUUCUGAUGUCACAAUCCUCGUUGGUGUAAUGCAAGUCAUCGCAACUUUUGUCUCUUCCCUCGUCAUUGAUAAAUUUGGUCGGAAAAUUCUUCUUCUGAUUUCUGGUUUCAUCAUGGCAAUUGCUGGAAUUCUUCUUGGCAUUUAUUUCUCAUUAAAGGACAAUGUUAGUGGUAUUGGAUUUCUUCCAAUUUUGGGUGUUUGUAUUUUCAUUAUUGUGUUUUCGCUGGGAUUUGGACCAAUUCCCUGGAUGAUUUCCUCGGAAGUUUUUCCAGCAGAAAUCAAAAGUAAUGCCAGUUCAGCUGCUGGAACUUUUAACUGGUUUUUGGCUUUUCUUGUAACCAAGUUUUAUGGCGAUUUGGCCAAAGAGAUUGGCACAGAUGUUACGUUUUAUAUUUUUUCGGGUGUUUCAUUGGUCGGAGUUGUAUUUAUUUUCUUUAUUGUUCCCGAAACGAAAGGCAAAACUUUGGAUGAAAUUCAGAGAGAACUCAACGGAGAGAAAACUGUUGCGCGAGGAAUUGACAAUGAAGGAUUUAAUAGUUAGUUUUAGUUGUAAGUAAAUAAAGGUAUUUUUUAUAAAGUACUGAACUCAAUACUUGUACCCUAGUUAUUUAUUAAUUAUGACAUAAAAUAACGCAAGUACUUGAUAUUUGUAUUAUACUAUCUCCAUUUGUUUUGUUCAACAAAGGACCAACUACAUACUAUAUUUUUCUAGUCAAGUUCUGUCUUAAUUAAUACCAGCAAUAAAUAUUGUAAUGUGCAAAACUUUAUAGAAAUAAACGAUAUUUAUACGUA